AUGCCAAGCGAAGCCACGGAUCGCACAGAGGCGCCUCAGGACAGCAAAUUGUACACGCCCGAUUCCGGAAGGAAGGAAGGAGAAAUAUUUUGGGUCAAUCACCAGCCUUUUCUCGCCUCUCGAGGAUACAUGCUCCGACCACGAUAUCAUGCUGACUGGGUUCCUUCCUGGCAGUCGAAUCCUCGACCGAAGAAAUUCGGCGUGUACUAUGAAGACCAGCACAUCAUCCAUUACAGUCCCGUACGUCUUCGACUGGCAUACAUUGUUCAAUUGCUUGGGACUAUACACCUAGCGCUGGCGGAUCAUAGAUGCGAUACGUACCUCGGAUGGCUGUCAAGUCGUUCUCAAGCCGAGCUGAAGGACAAUCCUCGAAAUCACGCCAUACCUCUCCUUGAUGUCAUUCAAUUUCCCGACGAGAAUUGGGCAUUGCUUGUCAAAGCUAUGUUUCGUUACUUCGCCUCUCCAAACUUUCAUUGCGUGUCAGAGUUCAUUGAGCUCUUCCGACAAUUACUCGCCGGUUUGGAAUUUAUGAAUAGGUUGAACAUUGCGCAUGGAGACAUCACUAUAAACGACAUUGUCAUGGAUCAUCGACGCGUCAUCGCUAAAGGCAUUCAUUUCGCUAUGGAUGGCAGUCAUGAUGGUGCAACCCGCGGUCUUUUUACUGAGCUUCGAGUCCGUGUGGCCCCCGUCAAUUACUACUACAUUGACUUCGAGUUUGCACAAUGUUUCCCUGAGGGCAUAGAAGUGGCUGCUGUUCCUAAGCUAAGUUUCGACGGUUCCUAUGGAGUACCCAACAAUCCCUUCAAGGAAGAUGUCUAUGACCUCGACGAAGCAAUUUUCACCACAUUGAAGUGGCGGAUAUGGAAUACACCCUACCGUGAUCCCACGUAUCCUCCGCCGUGGAGUCGGCUUCCCUACUAUUUAUUCCCUUCUCGUCAUCUCUUCGCUUGA